AAUUCUUUUUAGAAACUCUCAAGUCUCCAAGUCUCAAACAGAGGCGGGGGGGUUUAUGCUGCUUUGAUGCGAGCUUCUCUUGGAAAGUGUCUAGUGAAAACCAAUAGAACGAAAGGCCAAAGCUUUGACAUAUUUCGCUCUUAUAAUAUGUAUGCCCCGUAAUCUUUGCCAGGAUAAGGUCAUAAAUUUCGAUGGUUAAGAGUUGCAGUCCAGAUGUUCGAUGUUUUGUCUGAGUGAACAAGUGGUUGUGGAACUUGUAUCGAGUAAUCAAGUUUUUGUUAUAUACAUUCAAGAGCUCCAAUAAAGGUUGAAUUGAUAACCUACACGAAUGUUAUGCCACCUCGAAGCAUCAGAAAUUAGUAAAUAUGUGGUCACGUUGCAAGAACCCUCUUCAUUAUUUGGAGGCUUUACAAAAUUGCUCAAAAUCACCAUGGAUUCUCCAGAUUUCAAGAUUUUCAGAUACCCCUUUCAAAAAACCAAAGCUUGCACCCCUACAGGAGCGUAGAAUGAUAGACUGUCGCAGGCUGUGGGCUAAAGGAGGAGAUGGCGGCAAUGGUUGCUUUAGCUUCCACCGGAGCCGCCAUGACCGCCGUGGCAGACCUGAUGGUGGCAAUGGUGGAAGAGGUGGAGAUGUGAUACUAGAAUGUUCACCAACAAUAUGGGAUUUGAGCAGCCUACAACAUCACAUUAAUGCAAAGAAAGGGGGACAUGGAGCUUCAAAAAACAUGAUAGGAAGCCGAGGAGAUGACAAGGUUGUUCUAGUACCUGUUGGCACUGUACUUCAUCUUGUUGAAGGUGAGAUGCCAUCUGUAGUUCAAAAGGUACAAUCUACACCUUUGAACCCUUGGGAGAUUCCCGAUAAUACCCUCGAGUCUACCCAAAAUGCCACAUGUCAGCAAUCCAAUGGAAGUGCCAUUGAGAUAGAAAAACCAAAGGAUUCAGAAACCUUCAGUUUUUGGAAUCAAGAAACUAUCAACACAUGGGAAGCUCGAGUGACCAACAAUGGUGGAUCUGAAGAAACAAUGGAAGAAAUUGAAAAAGAAGAAGAAGAAGAAGAAGAAGAAGAAGAACAUAUUGAAUACAACAUUGCUGAGUUGACCGAACCCGGUCAACGCAUAAUCAUUGCUCAUGGUGGAAUUGGUGGUUUAGGCAACAUCUCUCUCUCAAAACCUUUUAAAAAUUCCAAGAAAGAUGAAAAAGUCAACAACUUUGACUUUCAAGAAAACGAAAUCGACAACCCGUCACACACAAACGGGUCGCCCGGGUCCGAAUCCGUUUUAAUACUCGAACUCAAAAGCAUUGCUGACGUGGGUCUUGUGGGGAUGCCAAACGCGGGUAAAAGUACACUUUUAGGAGCUUUAUCAAAAGCCCAACCCAAAAUAGGGCAUUACGCGUUCACAACUUUGAGACCUAAUUUAGGAAAUUUAACUUAUGAUGACCUGUCAAUCACUGUGGCUGAUAUUCCCGGGCUUAUAAAAGGGGCCCACGAAAACCGUGGACUCGGGCAUGCUUUUUUGAGACAUAUAGAACGGACUAGGGUUCUUGCUUAUGUUCUUGACUUAAGUGCGGGGUUAGAUGGUAGAAAAGGGGUCCCACCAUGGGAGCAGUUGAGGGAUUUGAUAAUGGAGCUUGAGUUUUACCAUGAGGGUUUGUCGGGUCGACCCGCAUUGAUUGUGGCUAAUAAGAUUGAUGAGAUUGGGGCUAGUGAAGUGUAUGAUGAGUUGAGAAGAAGGGUGAGUGGUGUGAAGAUGUUUCCGGUUUGUGCUGUUCUUGAAGAAGGUGUUGGAGAGUUGAAAGAUGGGCUUAGGAUGCUUGUGAGUGGUGAGGAGUUGAGUGGAGUGAUAUUGGAUGAGAUUGAUGUUGACUAGAAUGUGGGCCCCAUCCACGGGUUGUGCCAUUUUUCAUCUUGUUGCAUAAAUUGAUUCGUGUAAUGUCACGGCAUGUUACAUGACAUGUCACUGAUAAUGAGUUAACUUAUGCCAAGUCAUCAACAAUCAUGUCUUAAUUUUGUUGUUAAACAUAUUUGCAACAAAGUUGAGUGACCCAAGU